AUGACUGAAUUUCUUAUUUCGCAUGGUGCAAAUAUCUACGAGAAAUAUUUUGGAGAUACCGUUCUACAUCAGUCAAUAUAUUAUAAUAGUAAAGAAAUGCUCGAACUUCUUAUUUCACAUGUUUCAAAUAUCAAUGAAACAGAUGGAAUUGGACAAACUCUUUUUCAAUAUGCAGCAAAAAUUAAUCGUAAAGAAAUGGCAGAACUUCUUACUUCACAUGGUAUAAAUAUCAAUGAAAAAGAUAGAUAUGGGAAAACCGCUCUUCAUCACGCGGCAGAAAAUAAUUGUAAAGAAAUUGUGGAAUUUCUUAUUUCACAUGGUGCAAAUAUCAAUGCAAAAGAUAUAAACGGGGAAACUGCGCUUCAUCUUGUAGCAAAGAAAAAUGAUCUUAAAGAAAUGAUAGAACUUCUAGUUUCACGUGGUGCAAAUAUCAAUGAAAAUGAUCAGCUUGGAAGAACUGCACUUUAUUAUGCAGCAUUCAAAAAUAAUAAGGAAUUAGUUGAGUUUCUUAUUUCACAUGGUGCAAAUAUCAAUGCAACAGAUCAAUAUGGAUAUAAUGCCCUUUGUCUUUCAAUAGGGUUAAAAUAUAAAGAAAUGAUAGAACUUCUUAUUUCACGUGGUGCAAAUAUCAAUGCAACAGAUCAAUAUGGAUAUAAUGCUCUUCAUCUUACAAUAUCGACAAAUUAUAAAGAAAUCGCAGAACUUCUUAUUUCAAAUGGUGCAAAUAUCAAUGAAAAAGAUAGAAAUGGAAGAACCUAUCUUCAUUAUGCAGCAGAAAAUAAUUGUAAAGAAAUAGCUGAGCUUCUUAUUUCACAUGGUGCAAAUAUGAAUGAAAAAGAUGGAGAUUUGAAAACUGCUCUUCAUUAUGCAGCAGAAAAUAAUUGUAAAGAAAUAGCUGAGCUUCUUAUUUCACAUGGUGCAAAUAUGAAUGAAAAAGAUGGAGAUUUGAAAACUGCUCUUCAUUCUGCAACAUGUAAAAAUAAUAGAGAAAUAGUUGAGCUUCUUAUUUCACAUGGUGCAGAUAUCAAUCAAAUAGAUAUAUAUAGAAAAACUGCUCUUCAUUAUGCACUUGAUACGAAACAUAAAAAAUAG